GCGGCUAGUGCAUGUUUUCAAGCCUGCUGAAGCCAUUUCGCCCUCACUGUGCGUGUGACCUCUAACCCCGCGCAAACGUGCCAUCAUGCCAGCCCAGUCCGCCAUAUUGACUGUUGUCGUUUGCCUUGAGAAGAAGAUAAGCAAGAACAUUUGCGGCGCUUGGAAAAGAACAACAAUUUUUAUAUAUAUAAAAAAACAAAACAAACCGAAACCGCUUUUCCGUCGAGCUCGCAAAUCAGCAAGUCCGUGCCGAGUGGGAAUUUAUCGAGAUGGCUAGGAAGAAGAGCAAACAGGCCGGAGUUGGGAAUAAAGAGCAGAGUUUGUCGAAGAGCCUCGGCGGAGGAGGAGAUGCAGGAGCAGCAGCUGCAGCCAGGAGCACUCAGUCGGUGCACACGUGCUGCUUGCUGUGCCAUCGGGAGUUUAAGGACUGGGGUUCGGGCCUGGCGAACGGGCUCCCAGGCCACGGCUCCAAGCUGGCCGAUGCCGUCCCGGCGCUCUCGCAGGCCCUGCUGAGGGAGGCGCCCGGGCGCAAGCUGGCCGACGCCGUGCCUUCACUGUCGCAAUCGCUGCUGGGCGAGGUGCCGCUGUGGAUCUGCCAGAGCUGCCGCAAGAGCGUGGAGGAGGAGGAAAGGAGGGCGGUGCUGGAGCAGAGUGCGCCGGUGCCGUUGUCCCACUCGUCCUCGUGUAAGUCGCAGAACUGUGGGAAUGGUUACCCCGAACAGAACUCUGUAGACUGGGAUCCCAGCUCCUUCCUGUCGGCCCGGAAGCUCUCGGGCCUUUGGAACUCAACACACUCGAACACAGGAGCUCACUGCACCCACGGCACUGCUACUCACUCUCAGCAAGCAGGCGGAACGGCAGGACCGACCUGUCACGAUAAACGAUCGUCUCACGAGGCGUCCGGGACCAAAGUGUGUCCCUACAGUCACCCAGCGUCCCCCAGUGCCACGUCCACCGCUACGCCACUCUCUACCUCCGCUGAGCUCUGCAAGACCUCGGCCAAGCACUUCAAAACCAUGUGUAGGAGACCAACUCCUCCAGGUGAAGCGUUUCACCCAAACGAGCAGCACCAGCCGUCGGCGGAUCUCUCCGUUCCACCCAACAGCCCGACGGGUCUCUCUUCUUCCCAGAAUUCAUCUCUGCUGCCCCCUUCCAGCAAACCCACAUCCAAUCAGCACGCUCCGUUCACUCCGUUAGUACCAAACCUUGGUGCCAAGCACCCGGGCGGGCAGGACAAACCCAGCGCCUGCAAAAACGCCAAACUGAGCUCCUCCAUGAUGGGCUGCAAUCACCCGUGUAACGGACACAACACCAACGGUGCCGCGGCCUCCACUAACGUAGCUCAUCUAACAGCCAGCACGUGCAGGGACCAGGCGUGUAAAGGGCACAAGCUGGUGAAUGGUUCGUCGUUGUGCCAGCAGGCAGCGUGUGAGGGGGAUGAAAUGGAGGAUGAGGACAGCGGCUCCGAGCGCAGCUCCUGUGCCUCCUCUUCCACGAACCAGCGUGACGGCAAAUACUGCGACUGCUGCUACUGCGAGUUCUUUGGACAUAACGCGCCCCCUGCAGCUCCCACGAGCCGGAACUAUGCGGAGAUCCGAGAGAAACUCCGCUCUAGACUGACUCGUCGUAAAGAGGAGCUGCCUCAGAGGCAGGACCUGGACCCGGCUGUAACGAGCGCCAUAGAUCACCGGGACGUCGACGAGCUCCUCCACUUCAUCAACUCCACAGAGCCCAAAAGGGUGAACAGCGCCAAGGCCGCCAAACGUGCUCGCCACAAACAGAAGAAGAAGGAGAAGGAGCGUGCACUACAAGCAUGCAGCGAGCAGCGUUUGUCCUCUUCUCCUCAGCCAGAGGAAGUGGAGGAAGUGGAGGAGGAGGAGGAGGAGCGUGCUCCAGAUGGUGAGGCUGGACGGCUACUCGAGUGGCCUCAGCUGGAACUGGAGCGCGUCAACAGCUUCCUAACGUCUCGCCUGGAGGAGAUCAAGAACACCAUCAAGGACUCCAUUCGUGCAUCGUUCAGCAUGUACGACCUCAACCUCGACGUCAGCGACUUCCCCAAAAAAGCUGCCUCGCUAGAGGGCCAGCGCCUGCUGCCUCACCUCAACGGUUCAGCGACCGAGCCACAGCAGAUCGACCUGGACCUCGCGCCGCUCUCGUUCAAAAACUUUAAAAAGAGCGUGAAGAUUCUCCAAGGCCUUACCAGCGAGAAUAACAACAGCAGCCCCCCUCCCACCCCCACUACGCCCACCCCCACAAACAACAAUACCACCAUCAACAUCACUCCUGCGCCUAACGACGCACCCAAAUCCAAAGACGAGACCAAGAACGCCACGGGCAACGCCGCCAAAGCAAAGAAGGGCAAGAAAAACCAGCGGCAGCAGCAGGAGCAGGUGUCCCAGGAGCAGCAGGUUAACUCCAAACCAGCUAAAGUGACAUCUGGAAAUCAGGAGAAAAGCAGUGAGGUGGAAAAAGGAGCCAGGGGAGGGUGCAGAGGAGCCCAGCAGCACGGGGAGUGUCAGAAAACCGGUAGCAAAAAGAUAGAGGAGAGCAAGCAAUCCUCCAAGCACAACGGCAACGCAGCCUCGAAUGGGAACCAUCACUCGGGUUCCAACACGCAGAGGGGGAAGAACGAGAACGAGACGCGAAGCAACAAAUUGGAGCACGAAACAGACGGGAAAAGCAACUCAAACAAUGUAGUCAACUUUCAGAACUCGCAGCAGCAACAACAGUCCAAAGGAAAGAAUAAGAAGAACAAGAGCAAGACGGAAAAGUCCAGCAGUGCUAUCGAUGAUGUGUUCCUCCCUAAAGAUCUGGAUCCGACGGAGAUGGACGAGAUCGAUCGCGAGGUCGAAUACUUCAAGAGGUUUUGCCUCGAUUCAGCUAAACAGACACGACAGAAAGUGGCUGUGAACUGGUCCAACUUCAGCCUGAAAAAGAUGCCGUCGAAUGCAGCGCAGUAACAUAGCACUCACUCACACAAACACACACAACACACACACGCCUGGAUGAUGGUAACCAGAGAACCCCACCAACUUCCCAAUAGGACUCGACUCUCUCGACCACCUGAUUGGUCACUCUAUAGUCUAUAGCCACUGUACUCCUGAUCUGAUUGGCUGGAGGUCACCGUCUGUCUCUGCCUCCCUCAGUGCGCCACGGGACUGUAAUAGUCACACAGUCUGUAAUCGUCCACCGGAGAGUUUUUUUUUUUUUUUUACUGUAUCUCUUAGUAGAGCGAGGUCACUCGCAGGAAAUCUCAUUGCUUCAUUUUGUAGUGUGUAAAUAUAAUGAUUUUACAAUAAAAAAAAAAAAAAAAAACUGGUUUUAAACUCCAACCCAUGGCACACCUCGGCCCGGUCACCCCACAAUGUCUAUUUAUUUAUUCUUCUGUUCCAAAAGGUACUUUUUAAUUCUGACAUGUGCUCAUUGACAAAAUAGUGCAGAUACUGACAACAUUACAGAAAUGACAUUGGGUGUUUUGGUCGCAGAGUGUGGAGGGGAAACUUUUUGGACUUGUCUGUAUCAAACGUCUCAGUAGAAGCAUUCCGAAAUAAAUACGUUAUAUUUAUUUCCCAGCACGCACCAUUUUAUACUGUUCACCUCUCGCAGUAGUUGAUUUUCCUUAAAUUAUGAUGAAAUCUGUAACUUAUGCUAUAUAAUAGCUCUAUCACAUCUCGCAACAAUUUCGCAGACUUGACCUGAUUUUAGAUCAGUAUCAAGGGUGCCAACAUUUUUAUGGUUUAGACGCAUUUGCGGCAUUUAAGUAAAACACCGGAAAACUACCAAAUGUGAAUGAAAAUCAAGGUUGCAAUUUGAGAAAUACACGUUUGCGGUUUCUUUUCUGCAUACAGACGUUAUUUACUACGUAAAAUCUUGUGAGCCAAUAGAAAUCAAGUAGGCAGGGCUGUCUUUUUUUGUUUGUUUGUUUGUUUGUUGUUGUUUUUUUGGGUGGGUGGGUGGGUGGGGUUCUGUGGUAAGAGAUGUUGCUUAUUAUGAAGUAGCACUCAUGCUCUGUUUUAUUACUGCUGCUUGGUGCACAUUUUAAGGGGUGGAUGGUGGUUUUUUUUUUUAAGUUUUUUUUUUUAAAAUAUGUAUCGCAUCCACCAUUAUGUGCCAGAUUUAUUUUUAUUUAUUUCUGUUUUGUUCCUCUGAGACGUGUGAUCAAUACAAGCCCGGGGACAUAAAGUACUUAAAAAGGUUAGUGUGGGACCAUGUAAAACAUAUUUGCCCUUUCCCCUUCUUCUUAUUAUUAUGAGUAUUCUUGGACAUGUUGGACAAAUUUUUAAAAACGAAACAGCAACAAAAAAAAAAACACUAAUAUAUACAGCAAUGGUGUAUCUAAUACCUGUGUCUAACACUUUCAUCACAUGAAAUCCUCAAAGAAAAAGGGAAAAGGUCGAUGAGACUUCCCUUGCAUGCCUCUCCAAACUGACGGUUGGGUUCCAGAUGAGCACUGGGCGUUCUCCGGGUUCAGUCUUGUCUUUGUGCUCCUGAGAAUCCUCCUCUGUAGUCGUACGGCUGUUCGGCUGCGUGCCGGUCGCUCAGCCUCCCUCUCUCUGUAGUCGCUGCUUGUUGUAGUUUGGCUUAGACCGAGUUCAGAUGGAUUAAAAAAAAAAAAAAAACAACUUCCUGUCCCGGUGUUUUCUAUGUCACGUUCGGUAUCGAGGACCUGUAUUUAAUUUUUUUUCUCUCUGUUAAUGAUCUUCAGCGCCAUGGUACAACAUUCAUGGCGUUAAGCCUGAUUAUCGCUCUGCACGUGUUCGUAUGUGUCGCCACCUUCAUACCUUGAAUAGACAAAAUCUUAAAAUAACGAUUCUGUCGGGACCUGGGAAUAAAAUCAAUGACCGACGACGCUCCGUCUCUUUCUCGGCUCGAGAUGAAAAACACGAUGAGUUUUUUAAAAAAUCUGUUCGAGCUGUCAUUUUCCUGUUCUACAUCUCUGAUGCUAUCCAGGUUAUAUUGAAAUAGGAGACAUUAUUUUAAAUGUUUGGAAUGUAGAUUUAUACUAUACCAUUAAAGGCCAAGUGUAUGUUGGCUUUUUUUGUUGUUUUCUUUUUCUUUCUUUCUUUUUUUUUUUUUAAUUAUUCACUUUUGAUACUGUGAAAAUCUUUCAUUCAGAAAGAUUAAAACAUGACAGUUUUGAAAAAAAAGAAACAAGUGUCGUGUUUGAUUUCUGUCAGAAUUUUUAAGGAAUUCUUACGCUAAAAUGGUGUAGUGUAGAGAUCAUUGGAUUAUAUAUGAACAGGCAGACAAAUCCACAAGUAUUGGCACCCUUUAAGAGAACAGGCAGAAACGAUUGUAUAAAAUUGUCUAAAUCUAAAUUUUCCAGUCAAACAGUAGGAAAAAUUAUCCCUUUUUUUGUGUGUGUCUGUGUUAAAGCCACUGUUAUAAAAAACAUUUAUUAUAUUAUAUUACCACUUGUGGCAAACUAUGUAUUUGUUUAUUUUUGUAUCCAUCUAUCUAGUGAUGUAUUUUUUUUUUUUAUUGACUCCCAAAUGUUUUAUUUAUUUAUUUAUUUAUUUUUAUAUAACUGCAAACAAAUUGUCAUUGUCUACAAAAAAAGAGAAAAGUUUUCAGUCUUCAGAAACUCUGUGGGUGACUUAUCCUGAUGCGGUUUAUUUUGCCUCUUGGGGUUUCAAAAUCAAGCUGUUUGGAAAGGUUGCAUGAAAGAAAACCUUCCUUGAAAGCCUAUACCCCCAGCCCCUUUGUGGAUAAGAGUAAAGACUCCCUGCUUUAAAGGGUUUCUUCAACCAUUACUAGAUCAGCCUCAGUGAUAUAAUAGUUUUCAUCUGAGGUUUCAGUGAACAUUAACAGUAGGGGUGCUAUCCAUCCAUCCAUCCAUCCAUCUUCUAUACCGCUUAUCCGUUUCAGGGUCACGAGGAAACCUGGAGCCUAUCCCAGGGAGCAUCGGGCACAAGGCAGGGUACACCCUGGACAAGGUGCCAAUCCAUCGCAGGGCACAAUCACAUACACACUCACACACCCAUUCAUACACUACGGACACUUUGGACAUGCCAAUCAAUAGGGGUGCUAAUAAUUUGUAAAUCAGUGUUUGCAAAGCAAAACUUAAAAGCACAUUUUGGUUUUAAAUCAACUUAAUGGUCAUGUGUUGAAAAUACACAUUGUCAUCAUGUGUUUACCAACCAAAUGUCACUUAUUGCUUGCGUUAUAUGUUUAUUUUUAAUUGGUCAAGAAGGGUGCGAAUAAUUUAUCAGUAUGGUUAAUAUAAAUUAAACACAGUCUUACACAACCUCAAACUUCGUAAAUUUCUGU